UAGCCAUUCAUUCUUCUUUCUAUCCCUUCUUAUCACUCCACAUUUUAAGUUUGCAAAAAAUCAUUAGAGUAUAAUUUAUGAUAUUAUUUCUGAAACUUCACUAGAAACGUCCCUGAAGUUUUUUUUUUUUUUUACCUUUAGACUCAAGCACAAAGAUAAAUAGCCUAGUAAAGUCACAAGCAACAAAAACCACUUUGGUAUUUCAUAAGAACAUAACAUUGUUAUUGUUGUGCUUCUGACAUUGUGGGUCAGAAUCUUUGUGGUUCUUUCUUUUCUUCAUUCAUGGGGUUGUUCUUAGCUUAGCAGACAAGCACUUGAAGGAAAAAAAAAAACCAUUUUCAUCAACUUUUGACAUUUCAUAAAUUCCCUUCAAUUAUCACAACAAAAACUUGUCAAUAUGAGCAAAGACUUGUUGAGAAUGAAGACUAAUAAGAAGCCAAAUGGGAAUGGACUUUCAUCUUCAGCAUGGGAGAUGAGGCCAGGAGGAAUGUUAGUACAAAAGAGAAAUUCUGAUUCCAAUCAAAGUUCAGUUACAGUUCCCACAAUUAGACUCAAAGUCAAAUAUGGUUCAUCUUAUCAUGAAGUCAAAAUGAGUUCACAAGCAACUUUUGGGGAAUUGAAGAAAAUGUUGGCAGGACCAACUGGAUUACAUUCUGAAGAUCAAAAAAUAUUUUACAAGGAGAAAGAAAGAGAUUCAAGAGGGUUUCUUGAUGUAGCUGGUUUAAAAGAUGGAUCAAAACUUGUACUAAUUGAGGAUGAGAUAAGCAGAGAAAAAAGGUAUCUUGAAUCAAGAAGAAAUGCAAAAAUGGAAAAUGCAUCAAAGGAAAUCACAGCUAUUAGAUUUGAAAUUGAUAAGCUAGCUAAACAGGUUGCUAAUGUUGAAAUGGACAUUUAUGGUGGCAAGAAAGUAACAGAGAGUUUGCUAUUAAGUUUGAUUGAAUUGUUGAUGACACAAUUGAUUAAAUUGGAUGGAAUUACUGCUGAUGGUGAUCUCAAAUCGCAGAGAAGAAUGCAGGUGAAAAGGGUGCAAAAAUACAUUGAGACUCUAGACAUGUUGAAAAUAAGAAAUUCAGCACUUGGAAAUCACAAUGCCAAAGUGCCAAUGCACCACAAAAAUAGAAUAUUCACAGGGCAGAUGCCAAAAUCAGUUUACUAUCAACAAGAACAAAGGAAGAUGGGAAAUUUUGCUGAUCAGAGAAACCCAGGGCCAGUUGUGGUGACAACAAAAUGGGAAACUUUCUAAGAAUGGAUUAAAAAAAAAAAAAGGCCAAAGGAAUAUUAGUGUGUGCUUUGAAAAAAAAUAUAUUCAGAUUGCAUAUUUUCAGAGUGGCUUUGGUGGGAAGGGUAUAAUGUUAGGGGGUACAGAAAUAAAUUUUGGUUUGUGAAUUCAUUUGCCUUCAUUUUUUCUCUAUUUAGAUUUUGACCCCAGUUGUUCUUGGGUUAAAAGAUAAUGUGGUGAUGUAUUAUGUGGCCUUUGAAUUCCAAGUUGUAUAAAUGUAUAUAUAAUGCCAGCACCUGGUGAAUAGAUAAAAUUAUGGUUCUACUUGAA